GAUUUUGACUCGCAACAAAUUAAGGAAGAAUCGGAGCCCAUACAAAUCGAUUUGGACUUAAACCAAAUCGAGGAAGAAUUAAUGCCUAUACAAGCUGACUUGGUUGCACCGACAAGAAGAAAUUUGGGUACAAAAAAAAUCUCGAAACCGGGGCGUAAGCCGGGUGUAAAGCACAACCGACAAGAACAACAAUCUCUGAUAACUGCUCAAAUUAAAAAUAGUGCAAGAAUAACGUCUCGUAAAGGCAAAGAAAGGGUGACCGAUAAUACACCGGUAGUUAGGUCAUUUGGAGAACAUGCAUCAGUAUCAACAAAUAUUUCAUUAAACGGUAAUGUUGGAUCUUCGAGCCAUGCGUCUAGAGCACCAAUAAUGCCUAUGAAAACAUUAGCGGAAACCAUAUUCAAAUUCUACCGAUCCUUAAAGCCACCAUCGCCAGGAUUAACAAGAGAACAAAUGUUGCGACUUGGGACAUAUAUUUUUGAUGAACUUUUGUCAAGGGAAUUUUAA